AUGACACCUCUACCCCCUUUCUCUUCUCUUCCGAUCGAUAAAUCCGGACCACCUUUCAAUGCUUGGGGACUGUACGAUGCAGAGGAUGAGAAAGGUCGAUUGAACUUGAUCACUCCUGAAAGUAUCAAGAAGGGAAAAGAUACCAUCACUGAAGGUAUAACCGUCAAUCUGAAUUUACCAUUAUCUUUCCCACCUGUACACGCUUCGAGGUUCCCUAUGAAACAUGAGAUUAAAUGCUCAGGACACUCAAAUGACGAUACACUAACGUUUAACACUCAAUCUUCAAGUCAAUGGGAUGGAUUCAGGCAUUAUCCCUACCAAAAUUGGCCAGAAGAAGGGAAGUUCACGUUCUACGGCGGAAUGAGUAUUGAAGAUGCCAGUAAUACCGAUAUCAAGAAAUAUGGUGUACAUAAUUACGUUUCUAAACCAAUAACAUCCCGAGCUCAUCUCCUUGAUAUCCCUUCCUAUCUUUCUAAACAUUCCCUGAAACCCCUCGACGCGUUUUCCAAUUCCUCAAAAAUCUCUCUGGAGACGCUGAAAGCUUGUGUAGAAGAAAGCGGAGUAGUAAUAGGACCUGGUGAUAUCCUACUGGUGAGAACGGGAUUCACAGAAGCCAUAAUGAGUAAAUCGAAUGAAGAAAAAGAUCAAUUGAAAAAGAGAAAAGAAAAUCAAAGUUGUGGUGUGGAUGCAAAUGAGGAAAUAUGGAAAUGGCAUUGGGAAAAUGGGAUAUCUGCCGUAGCAAGUGACUGCCCAUCGUACGAAGCGUGGCCUGCACCUCCAAAUCAACUAUCUUGUCAUCAAGUCUUCUUGGCAGGUUUCGGUCUUCCCAUAGGAGAAUUAUUCGAUUUACGUGAAUUAUCAAAAGCAUGUCAAAAACUGAAUAGAUGGACAUUCUUCUUUACUAGUAUGGGAUUGAAUGUUGAAGGUGGGAUAGCUACUCCUCCCAAUGCUCAAGCUAUACUAUAA